CUUGGAAGUUAUUGAAGUUGAAGGUGAAGCAACAACUGGAUAAGAACUACGGUACUCGAGUAGCUUCAGAGCUCCUUCGUGGCAACCCCUUCCCCCACGGACAAACCUUUCGUAGAAGAAAACAGCCGGACGAAUUCACAGACGAGAAAUCAUGGCAGAAGAAAGAGUGCAGCAGAAUCCGCUGCUUCAUGGGCUAGUUGAUAUUGGGAGCAACGGCGUCCGUUUCUCCAUCUCAAGCCUUGACCCCGCAACGGCCCGUAUAAUGCCCACCGUCUUCCAGGAUCGUGCUGCGAUCUCGCUGUACGAUGCGCAGUUCAGCGGGACGACAAAGUCCCCCAUCUCCAAAGAGGUCAUCGGGCAGAUCCUGGCCUCCAUGCGACGUUUCAAGUCCGUCUGCAGCGACUUCGGUGUGCCGGAUCAGAACGUUCGCGUAGUUGCCACCGAGGCCACGAGGGAGGCCCAGAACUCUGCCGAGUUUCGUGACAGAAUCACCGAAGUCUCGGGUUGGGAUGUGGAGCUUCUUUCCAAGAGUGAGGAAGCGAGAAUCGGGGCUGAGGGCGUUGCAAGCUCUGUCGGGUGCGUGACGGGCCUCGUCAUGGACCUCGGUGGUGGGAGUACGCAGCUUGGUUGGAUGAGGAGCGAGAAGGGGGUUUGCGAGAUGGCGGAGAAACCGGUCAGUAUGCCAUAUGGAGCCGCAGCACUGACGAAGAGGAUCGAAACGGCGAUAGAUAAGAGGGCUAUAGGGCUGUUAAGGGAUGAAAUGAAGGAGAGGAUUGCGGAAGCCUUUACCUCGCUGCAAAUACCGGAGGAUUUGCAGCUUGACGCCGAGGCCGAGGGUGGAUUUACCAUGUAUUUGUCCGGUGGAGGAUUCAGAGGGUUCGGAUACCUGCUGUUGGAUCAGCAUGAUAUCAAACCAUAUCCCGUGCCUAUCAUCAAUGGGUUCAAGGCACCUGGGAAUGCGUUCUCAAGCCUGGCAGAUCUGCACUUGGAUCCCGAGCUGAGCGAUCGUUUGGGCGAAAAGUUCCGGAUAUCUGGCCGGAGAGCAAGACAAAUCCCCGCCGUGGCAUUCCUGAUAAACACACUGAUAGAAACCCUCCCAAAAAUCAAAACCGUGAUUUUCUGUCAAGGUGGCGUCCGAGAAGGCGCCCUCUUUGAAAAGCUCCCUCGUGAGAUCCGAGCCCAGGACCCACUCCAUGUAGCAACACUCCCUUUCGCUCCUAGAUCCACCGUGCCCGUCAGUCUCCUCCUCAGUUACGCCCUCCCCCGCUCAGCCCCCUACAUCAUCCGUUUCGAGACGGCGCCCGCCCUCUCAAACAUGCUAAUCUACCACUCUAACGUGCCUAAAGAAUCUCGCGCCUCCUGCGGCCUGCACAGCACCACAACUGGAAUCCUCGCCAGCGCCCACGGUCUGACUCAUGAGACCCGCGCCCUCCUGGCACUCUCCCUGUGCGAACGCUGGGGCGGGGAAGUAUCCGAUUCGAACCUCAAGACUCGCCUGCAAGACCUCGUCGGUCCGGAGUUGGCUUACUGGGCGCGCUACCUGGGUGCUAUAGCUCGCGUCGUGGGAAACGUGUACCCGGCUGGAAUCAUCGGAGAGGAGAAACUCCGCUUCUUUGCUACGGACGAGAUGGCUAACACGGGGGCUAUCAUGCUCAAGGUUGCGAUCAGGGAGGAUGAUCCGGCGACUAGCGCUGUUAUGGUCAUGGAUAGUAUUAAGAACCUUGCAAAAGUUGGCAAGAAGAGGAAUAGGGAGGGUUUUAGGAGGAAGGUGGCGUUGAAUUUGGUGAGGGACUUGGAGUAAUGAUUUGCUUGCGGAUUUUCCUUCCUCUUUGAGGGGGGCUUUCUAAGCGGCAACUUUUGCGAUCGGGGCGAAUGGGGGAGAGGAGGGCGGGUACGGAAGGGUGGUUAAUGUGGUUAAUGCGGUUGUGAUGAAGGUUAAUUUUGCUAGAUGAAGGGUUCUCCUUAAUGAUUGUUUGUUUGG